UUUUUUGUACGGCUUGUCGGUUUUUGUGGUUCUCUGUUCUCUAAUCGGAGAUGUCUGGCCGUGGGAAGCAGGGCGGCAAAGCGCGUGCCAAAGCUAAAUCGCGAUCAUCCCGCGCAGGCCUGCAGUUUCCUGUGGGCCGAGUGCAUCGCCUGCUCCGCAAGGGCAAUUACUCAGAGCGCGUGGGCGCCGGCGCUCCGGUCUACCUCGCUGCGGUGCUUGAAUACUUGACAGCCGAGAUCUUGGAGCUGGCGGGCAACGCGGCGCGGGACAACAAGAAGACACGCAUCAUCCCGCGCCACCUACAGCUAGCCAUCCGCAACGACGAGGAGCUCAACAAGCUGCUUGGCCGCGUGACCAUCGCGCAGGGCGGUGUCCUGCCUAACAUCCAGGCCGUGCUGCUGCCUAAGAAGACCGAGAGCCACCACAAGGCCAAGGGCAAGUGAGGCCCGCCGACCCCCGGCUCCCUUUUACGGACACCAAAGGCUCUUUUCAGAGCCACCCAUACCUUCAAGAAAAGAGCCACACUGAAUCCGCAUGUCUGGCGUGGUUCUCUAUUAAGGAGCGCGUCAGCUGUAGGGGAGGGCGCAAAUGGCAACUGGGACUCCAGGGCUGAGGCAUCCUCGCCAGGUAGGCAAUGUUUGCCCUUUGCGGCAGGAAACACUUGCCCACAGGUGGCCACCCCUUUUGAA